UUGUUGCUGUGGUUUUGUAAGGUCGAGGCAGAGCUAUCACACUUGCUAGCAAACGUAAUAGCCACGGUUUUGUCAUGUCAAGAUCAGCCUGCCCCCUCACCACAUAAGGCUAUUAACGAGCUCUUGAAACAUCCACUUUUGGGGAGGGUCAGAGGAUAGUAAUCUGGGCGGAGAGCAAAAGAGGGAGAUGAAAUGACAACGUCAACAUUACAGAAAGCGAUUGAUCUUGUGACAAAAGCCACAGAGGAAGACAAGGCAAAGAACUAUGAGGAGGCCUUGCGAUUGUACCAGCAUGCUGUGGAGUAUUUCCUACAUGCCAUCAAAUAUGAGGCCCACAGCGACAAAGCAAAGGAGAGUAUACGAGCUAAGUGUAUGCAGUACCUGGACCGGGCGGAGAAAUUGAAAGACUAUCUGAAAAACAAAGACAAACAGGGCAAAAAGCCUGUCAAGGAGGCACAGAGCAAUGACAAGAGUGAUAGUGACAGUGAGGGUGAAAACCCAGAGAAGAAGAAACUCCAAGAGCAACUCAUGGGUGCCAUUGUUAUGGAGAAGCCCAAUGUUAGGUGGAAUGAUGUGGCUGGACUGGAGGGAGCAAAAGAAGCUCUGAAGGAAGCGGUCAUCCUGCCCAUCAAAUUCCCUCACCUCUUUACAGGUAAGCGGACUCCAUGGAGAGGCAUCCUACUGUUCGGUCCUCCAGGAACGGGGAAGUCGUAUCUAGCCAAGGCUGUGGCUACAGAGGCCAAUAACUCCACCUUCUUCUCCGUGUCCUCCUCAGACCUUAUGUCCAAGUGGCUGGGAGAGAGUGAGAAGCUGGUGAAGAACUUAUUUGACCUGGCUCGCCAGCACAAACCUUCUAUCAUCUUUAUCGAUGAGGUGGACUCACUGUGUGGCUCCAGAAACGAGAACGAGAGCGAAGCAGCACGUCGCAUAAAGACAGAGUUUCUGGUGCAGAUGCAAGGUGUGGGAAACAACAACGAUGGGAUCUUGGUGUUGGGAGCCACAAACAUCCCCUGGGUGUUAGACGCUGCCAUCCGCAGAAGAUUUGAGAAGCGCAUCUACAUCCCUCUGCCUGAGGAGCCGGCUCGGGCUCAGAUGUUUCGUCUUCACCUCGGCAACACACCACACAGCCUAAGCGACGCCGACCUGCGACAGCUCGCUCACAAAACAGAUGGAUACUCCGGCGCUGACAUCAGCAUCAUCGUACGGGACGCUCUAAUGCAGCCUGUCAGAAAGGUCCAGUCUGCAACGCACUUCAAAAAGGUUCGCGGGCCAUCUCGAAGCAACAACCAGGUGAUGGUGGACGACCUCCUGACUCCUUGUUCCCCUGGAGACCCUGCAGCCCUGGAGAUGACCUGGAUGGAUGUGCCUAGUGACAAGCUUCUGGAGCCCAUAGUCUGCAUGUCGGACAUGCUGCGCUCUCUGUCCACCACUCGUCCCACAGUCAACACUGAAGAUCUGCUGAAGGUCAAGAAGUUCACAGAGGACUUUGGGAUGGAGGGCUGAUAGACAGAGACGCCUCACCUACAUCUUCCUGUCAACCACAGGGUCAAACUCCUCUCCAUAAGCUCUCCCCAACCCUGUUUAACUGCUGUACCAUCUUGUAUGCUUUCUCUCAACGCAGCACUUGGUUCACUUCCUCUCAUGGACUUCAAAAAUAAAUGACUAGAUUUAAUGAAAGAAGCAUCUAGUCAGUAGUAUUUAAAUCCAUAGAGGACGUUGAUCAAAUGCUACAACUUCAGUGUGAUUUGGUAUUAGGACAACAGAGCCCAUUUCCCUCAGCCACUACAGAGUAUUCACCAGAAGAACUUUUCAUCUAACCUGCAUCACCGUGAGGAAACUGACUCCCUCCCCGAGCCGACUCUGUCUGACUGAAGGACUGUACAUUUUGUUGCCAUUGUGCACUUUGCUUUGGAUCGCCAUGAAGGACAGUGACGUUUGAAGAUAGUUCUCCUGCCUGGCAUGCGAGUGUGUGAAUGCAUUUCAGUGUUUUUAUGAAACUUGUGUGUCUUAUUGUGUGUCUAUAAGUUAAGAGCCCGGUUAUUUUGUUAUUGAAGGAAAAGUUCAAUUAAUUGAUCAUCUCUGCCUCAGUGUUCCUGUACAGCUGCGAACGCUUGUCUGAGCGACAUUCAUGUUUAACAUUUUCAGUAUGAGAGAUGUGCUUGAUUGAGAGCUGAACAUCACAUUUCUUUUAAGCACUUUUUGUAGAUGUUCUGGAGCUUUUUGUCACAAACAUGAUUAUUUUGCCCACAUUAUGACAUUGUAAAUGUAAAAAAUGGGUCCCUUUAUACUUUUUCAUGUCUACUUGAAAAAGUUAAGUCCAAAACUUUACAGAAACUGCUCCAUGUUGUUUGAAUUUGACAACAUGUUUGAGCCAGCAAGGAUAUAUAAGUCCUCAAGAUACUCAGAAGACAUGAAUUCCAAUAUGCUGCUGUUAGAUUCUUCAUAUUAAUGUAUUUCUUUGCACUACAGGAAGCAAGUGAGGACUUAACAGUUUUUGAUGCUUAAAGGGGGUAAUAUGACAACACUGAAACGUGCACAUGCAUUCAUUCAAGAAAGAGUUACAACUAACAACCUUUAUAUUAUUCAAAGCAACUGCAAGACACAUGAGAAAAGAAACUUAAUGGAAACUACCAGCUGAUGAAGAUCAUGUAAAAUGAUAGAAAGCCCCAGAACUUCAUCUAUAACUAAUGAAGUGGUUACAUUUGUUCCUCAACUUCGGUUUCUAAUGAAAAUAUAAACCUCUAUUUAAAUAAGAUAAGCUUCAAGCACCACAUUUCCCACUUGUCUUCAGCUUGCUCUAAGCUAUGAGAUUUCCUGAUUUGAAUUUUUCAGUCUGUGAAGUAUCGAAUGCUUCAGAGACUCAAUGAAGCACAUCUCUUUACGUCUUUUUUGUUCAACAGUGUUUCUGCACAUUAUUUAUACAUGUUUGAUGACACGUGACAUGUAAUUUGACUGACUACAAUAGCGAUUCAGUAUGUUUACACUUGAAGUAUUUUUGUUUUCUGAUAGAGCUACAGUGAUAGUUUUCUUUUAUUUAAAGGCAAAUCUCCAUACAACGUCCUCCUCUGAGGCAAACACUACCAUAAUGUUUCAUUACUGUGUGUUCAGGGCUGGCUGUCAUUCUCAAACCGGAUCUCGCAGUAGAUCUGUUUUGAAAAUCAAACUGCUAUUGGAUGUUUGUCGCGUAACAACUCUCUGACCUCUCACUGUCGCAUCAGGACCGCAGGCUCGUCUGCCAGCCAUGGCACUUAAUAUGUUCGCUCAGAGUGCUCGUGCUGCUCAGCCUGUGUUUGUGGAGGUACUUGCCUGGUUUAGUGGGAGGUCAGUUCUCAUUGUCCCUGUGAGGGGGCUAAACCUGCCACUGGCCCUGUAACCAUAACUACUAAUUUAUCCUGCAUUAAUAAACUGACAUUUCAA